AUGUCGAUUCUACCUAAUAUUGCAGUCAUCGGAGGCAGUUAUGUUGGUGUCAAUACAGCACAACAACUAGCCAUCAAAUUCUCAGGCCGCUUCCAAGUCUUGUUGAUUGAGAAGAACUCGCAUUUCCAGCAUCUGUUCGCUUUUCCUAGAUUUGCGGUCACCAGCAAGGUAGACACACACAAAGCUUUCAUUCCUUUUACACCGGGCACGUUUGCGAAUUGUCCUGCAGGCAGUGGUGUUGUGGUGAGGGCUGGCGUGAAAAAAAUCGAUAAAGAGGGGAUUUGGCUGGAUCGCAAAGUCGAGGUUAAUGGUCAGGGGGUGGAGAGGAUUCCUUAUGCUUAUUUGGUUAUUGCUACGGGGACAAAAUUAACACCACCAUCGACAUUGCCCUCGUCUGACAAAGCUGAUGGAGUCACCUACCUGCGCGAACACGCCAGCAAAGUCGAGAAGAGCUCCAAUAUCGCCAUCAUUGGCGGAGGAGCUGUGGGUGUGCAGAUGGCUACUGAUAUCAAGGAGAUCUACCCUGAGAAAAACGUUACAUUGAUUCACUCCAGAGAGCAAAUCAUGAACAAGUUUCAUCCCCAGCUUGAUGGCAUUAUCAAGCAGAGAUGCGAAGAGUUGGGUGUGAAACUCAAGCUUGGUUCGAGAGUCAAGUUGCCGGCCAAGGGGUAUCCGACCGAUGGGUCGAUUUUCAACGUCGAGUUGAUGGAUGGAACAUCUGUUUCUACUGAUUUUGCUGUCAUCGCUACUGGCCAAACGCCACAGUCAGAGCUCAUUCGCACCCUGUCACCAGAGUCUAUCGAUGAUGCUGGUUUCGUUCGUGUACGCAGGACACUUCAGAUCCACGACACCAAAUUCUCGAACAUCUUCGCCGUAGGAGAUGUCGCAGACACAGGAGCCCACAAAGCUGCCCGUCCGGCACUCAGACAAGCCCCUGUGGUCGUAGAGAAUAUCGAGCACCUAGCCAACAACGAACCACUGGAGCACUACGAAGUCGCCGAAGGUCCUUCCAUCCAUCUGAGUUUAGGUCUUACGAAGAACAUCAAGUUUAUCAAUUCUCCCGGUGGUGCUCCUGAGCCGAAGGUUAUUUGGGCUGAUGAUGGAAAGUUCGAUAUGGGCAUUGAUGGCGUGUGGACGCGAAGGGGUGGCGGUCCUAAUGCUCUGCUCUGA